AUGUCUUACCUACCAAGACUCUCACUCCUCAAGAGAAAUCACUCAGUCCUCUGCAGUGGUGCAGACGUGUUCUGGAUCAUCCAAGUCCUGAGAUAGAGGCUGCAAAACGUUCUCUAUGCUUUAGAUUGGAACAAGCUAGCCGAUGGCGGAACCUCUUCUCCACACCUGUCUCCUUGGCUUUUCCCUAUAGCCCUGUUGCAAGACUCACCCCAUAUACCAAUGGCUUUAAUAGUCCCAGCUUCUCUAAAACCUCCAGUAAAGCAAUACUAACACCUGAACGGACAGGUUACACUUCUAGAAGUUCCCCUUUGAGUCCACAGUCAUCAAUAGACAGUGAACUGAGCACCUCAGAGUUGGAGGAUGAUUCCAUCUCCAUGGGAUACAAACUGCAGGACCUCACUGAUGUUCAGAUCAUGGCUCGUCUACAGGAAGAGAGCCUUAGACAAGAUUAUGCUUCUACUUCAGCAUCUGUCUCGAGACACAGUUCAAGUGUAUCUCUGCAUUCAGGAAAGAAAGGGACAGGCAGCGAUCAGGACUAUGAUCGCUAUAGUCUUGAGGACGAAGAAGAGUUUGACCACCUCCCACCUCCGCAGCCUCGGCUCACUCGCUGUUCCCCCUUCCAAAGAGGAAUUCCACACUCACAGACUUUCUCCAGUAUUCGGGACUGCAGGAGAAGCCCUACUUCCCAGCACUUCCCUUCAAAUAAUUAUCAGCAGCCGUAUUAUUCUCCUCAAGCCCAAAUUCCAGAGCAGCAACCAAAUAGAGUUAAUGGAGAUAAACUUCGAAGAAGCAUGCCUAACCUAGCUCGGAUGCCAAGCACCCCAACCAUUAACAGUAAUGCUAGCUUUGCUAGUUCUCCAGUCACUGUGAGGAACAGCCAGAGCUUUGAUUCCAAUUUACAUGGAGCUGGUAAUGGAAUUUCAAGGAUGCAGUCAUGUAUUCCCUCACCAGCACAACUUCAACACAGAGUUCACAGUGUGGGACAUUUUCCAGCGUCUGUUAGACAACCUCUUAAAGCCACUGCCUAUGUAAGCCCAACUGUUCAAGGCAGUAGUAGUAUUCCGGUAUCCAACAAUUUACAGUUAUACUCUAACACUGGAAUCCCAAUGCCAAACAAGACUGCCAACCAAGGCAUUGUAGGACGCAGUGCUCUUCCAAGACCAUCACUGGCCAUCAGUGGGAGUGGCAUACCCAGAAGUAAAAUUGCACAGCCAGUUCGAAGUUUUCUCCAGCCUCCAAAGCCUCUUUCAUCACUUAACGCGAUGCGGGAUGGGAAUUGGAGAGAUGGUUGCUAUUGAUGAAGAAUACCCAAGAACAAUGGAAGAAAAAUAACGUGGAUUUCAUUACCCAGCUGGCUGGGUAACGAUGAUUUGGGAAGGGAGGGUCAUAUGCUAUUAUUUCCCCAGAUAUUUUAAUAUGUAAACACCCAUAAUGCAAUGUCAUUUUUAGAUAAUGAACAUCUUAUUAAAUACUAAAUGUUGCACUUAAUCAGUUACCUGAACAGCUAUGUUGUUAUCAGACUAACAAUGGCAGCAUUAUCAUUUAGAACUGAAGGAAAUAUUAUAUGUGUGCAAAGUAGAAGAAUACUUCCUUUGAAACAGCUAGGAGAUAGUUCUAUUUUGAGCAGGUCUGCCAUACUGAAAUUCUAAGAUAAUUUAUUCAAUGUAAAAGAAUCAUGCAUUUUAUUUUGAAUUGGGGGGGCCUAUGUAUGUGCUUGAAAUUUUUUUAGUGUUUCCAGUACAUUUUAUUUUGUAUACUUAAGUUCAUUUCAACUUGCGUGAACCUUGAACAACAGAGAGAUAAUUUAACUUUUCUGUGCCAUAAAUAAUAUUUUUGGGGUAAUGUACUUUUUUAGCGCUAGGAACAUAUCUUACAAAAAUGUACCAUUGGCAAUACAAAGCAGUAUAUUUAUGUUGCAGAAGCACAAAAAAGUAGCAUUCACUGGAAAUUGCCAUAUAGCUGGGUCAGCAUGGUUUUGUUGUCUUUCACUAUUUGUUCAGUUGUUAAUUUAUUGUCAGUGUUUUGUAUUUAAAAAGGCAGCGUAAGUCACAUUGCACUUACAAAGAUACAUUGAUCUCUAAAACUACAGUUGAUUUUCAAUACUUUAUUACCAAGAAUAAAAUUGUAAUGUUUUAUUAACAGUUGCUUAUGGAAAAUGAAUGAGUUUUAAUGCAAAUAAAUCUUUUUGAUAGAUCUUUUACAAAAUCCAAUUGCACUAAUCAAUGCUUUCUUAUAAUGGCAUAUGACUUAAUAUUUGAUUACAACUGUGUAUACUGCUGUUUUGGAAUGUUUCAGAAAUAAAGAAUCUAUUUCAGCAAUAA